UGACAAAAUGGAACCCACCAGCAGUGUGAGGAGACCUGAAAGUGGCACAUGGCAGAGUGUGGCGAUGGAGACAGCAGCAAUGGGAGGCCGUACAGGGACCCAUGACACACUCUGGACCUGGCAGCAGCAUGAGGAGGCAGUACAGGGGCCCAUGACAGAUUACGGGCCUGGCAGCAGCAUGAGGAGUCGCCCAUACAGCACCCUAUCACAAAAUGGAACCCACCAACAGUGUAAGGAGACCUGAAAGUGGCACAUGGCAGGGUCUGGCGAUGAAGUCAGCAGCAAUGGGAGGCCGUACAGGGACCCAUGACACACUCUGGACCUGGCAGCAGCAAGA